UGAUCGCGGGCGGCCAUGUUUGUUGAGGGCAAGGCUUUGCAUAGUAGUAGUAGUAGUCUGCCGACAAGAUCACCCUCUAAGGAGUCUAAGGUAAGAGAUUCAUGGAACGCUAUGGUAAUGGACAUGGAAGUCCCUGUAUACCCCACUGUGCCACUCUCCAAUGGGCAGAAGAUCCCAGUCCUGGGUUUGGGACUGUCACACCAAGGAGGAUAUUCCCACAGUGCACUGCUCUAUGCACUGAAAAAUUGUGGCAUCCGACACAUCGACACUGCUAAGAGAUAUGGCAAUGAAGAACAAGUUGGCAAAGCAAUAGCUGAAAGUGGGGUGAAGAGAGAAGACUUGUGGGUCACCACAAAGUUAUGGCUAGGAGAUUUUGGGUAUGACAAUGCCAUACAAGCAUGCAUGGAUUCAUGUAAAAGGCUUGGAUUGGAUUACCUUGACCUGUAUCUGAUGCACUGGCCUGAUGCUAAUCUUCCUGGUAAGAGUGCCCGGGAGGCCCGAGCAGAGACAUGGAAAGCUCUGGAGGAAUUGUAUGACAGAGGAGUCUGCCGCUCAAUUGGUGUCAGCAACUUUCUCAUCCAUCACUUGGAACAGCUGAAAGAAGACUGUGAUAUGGCUCCCCACCUAAACCAGGUAGAAUACCAUCCCUUCCAGAGGCCACAGGAGUUGGUGGAUUAUUGUAAGGAAAAUAAUAUUGUAUUUGAAGGUUACUGUCCAUUGGCUAAGGGGCAAGCCUUGACACAUCCAAGUAUCUUAAAACUCGCAAAGCUGUAUGAGAAAACACCAGCUCAGAUCUGUAUACGCUGGAGCAUUCAGAAUGGCAUUAUCACUAUCCCAAAAUCUACGAAAGAAAGCCGAAUCCUUGAGAACUGCCAGGUGUUUGACUUUCAACUGCAGCAGAAUGACAUGGACCAUUUAUCAUCCCUGCAUUGUAACAGGAAGCUAAUUCAUCUGACAUACCCACUGUGGAGAGGAUGAAUCCAGAAUACAGACGCGACUCUCAGAACACUGGAGGCUGUGUUGUGUAAAGCACAUCAUAACCACUAUCACACGGGUCAUCCAAGAGUGACUAUAGACAUGCCUGCAAGAGGGCUAAUGUUAUUAAAUGCAAUUACUCUUGACCCAAUUGAAAGACACUAUUCUUUAAAUGCAAUGUGUUAUUUUGGUUUUGUGUUGCCUGUUGCCUUUGUGUUUUUAAUGCAAUUCAAACAUUUACUUGGCACCAAAUAUAUUUCUAUGGAAUUUCUUGGGAAAGUGGUGGAAGGUAACAGAAUAAAAUAUGCCUGUUACAAACCUA